AUGGGAAAAGUCUGGCCAGGCGAAAUAUUAGAGUACACGGAUGACUGCCUAGAAGGACAUGGAAUAUAUAAAGAAUUAGACAGUAAAAAUGAAGAAAUAUUUGUUUCUAGCAUAGCAGGCACUGUAAAACAAGUAGAUAGACUAAUAACAGUUGAAGCAAAUACGUACUGGUAUACUCCUGGGGUAGGAGAUAUUGUAGUAGGAAGAGUCACUGGCAUAGCAAAUAAAAGAUGGUACAUUGAGAUAAACUCAAGACAGGAGGCAAUUUUACUCCUUAAUGCGAUCAGUCUCAUAGGGAAUGUUCAGAGAAGAAAGGGUGAAUUAGAUGAAAUAAUGAUGACUGAGUACUACAGCAUAGGAGACAUUGUAAUAGCAGAGGUGCAGUCAACAGGGAAUAAAAUACAAUUGCACACAAGAAGUUCCAGAUAUAGAAAGAUAUCCUUUGGGGUUCUGAUUAAGCUAGAGAAUAUAUCAUCUGAGAAUGGAGUGCAGUACCACAAGGAGAAGAUCAAUGGGAAAGAGGUUGAAAUAGUCAUAGGCAAGAAUGGAUAUGCUGUAGUACAUAGUGAUGAUCACACUGCUCAUGCAGAGAUAAAGGAAGUGGCACUAUCACUAUCCAACUAUACAUAA